AUGCCCGGCUCCAAAAAAUGGAAUAUCUUGCAGGCGACAGUCGGAAAUCUUGCAAAGCAUCUGGAAUCCCUUUCGCCAACAAAAUGUGUCAUGUUGGAAAAAGAGCGUUGCGCCAAUAACUACCUGGCCGAAUGGAUUGAUCACCAGUCUAAAUUCAAUAAGGUAAGCGAACACCAUAGCAAAUGGCGUAGGGAAAUCUUUGGAAGAUUGCUUUCAGCAGCUCCAAGGGCUAAGGGUACGCUUUAUUUUGUGUGUUUACCAAAAUUUCAGGACAAGGCCGUUCAAUAUAGCAACAUCGUUUCUGCCUUGCAGGAGCAAUCAGCAUACAAUGAAGCGCGUAUUGUGGACCUGGAGGGCUCGGCCGUCAAAUCGUCCACCGAAAUUUCUACUUUGGAUAGAAAAUUGUCCGAAACGACAGACCAAAUCUGCCAGACAUCAAUCAAGAUCCUGGCUCUAGACGAACAGGGCAUUCAUCUUUGCAUUGUGCUUCGUCAUCCUCGAUGGCCGUUUCUUUUUGAUUCAAAAGAUUUUGAAGAUAUUGACACAUGCGAUUUUCAGCGGCAAAUCGCACAGGGAUUUGAUUGA